AUGUCUUCAUCCGCAGGCGCCCGUUCCGUCAUCUCCAACGACAUGCAGGAGCUCGGACAGGGCAAGGAGGACAUCUCCAACGCCAUCCGAGGCCACAAGGCGAACCUGUCCAACCCCAACACCAGCGAGGAGAGCAAGAAGCACAGCGAGCAGGAGAUUGCGCGUCUCGGAGGAGAGGCUGGCCACAUUGGCGGGGAGGACCAGCCCAAGAGCAAGAGUGCGGCCAACAACCUGGAGGGCAGCCGUGUCGCUUAA